AUGCGUACGCCGAUUAUUGAGGGAGUUGCCGAAAAAAUGCAAGCUGUUUGGACCAAUCAUACUGAUGAUGAAGCCAAAGCACGAUGGGGUGAGGUCUACUUUUCAGACUGGCUUGUCGAAGGAACAAAAAUGGCGACACAAACAGCUGAUAAUCCAAUGAAAGUAAAAAUUGAUUUUUGUUCAACUCUACAACGAACAACGAAUCAAUUACGUGGUGAUAAAUCAUCAUUAGAACGAAAAUUACAAGAUGCUCAAACAGAAUUAAAAGCUAUGAAUGAUAAUAAUAAACAAAUUCGAUCAUCUUCUAUUCAUAAAUCUUCAUCUAAUCAUAUUGAUGACGAUGAUGAUGAUAAUAAUAAUUCAAAUAUUGAACAAACUCAAAGCAAUAAUAAAUAUACAUUUGAUGAUGAUCAUGAUAAUGAUGAUGAUGAUGAAGGAUUAAGUGAUACAGAUAGUGAUGUUAUACAAAUGAAACAAACAUUAAACGAAUAUAAAUAUAUUUCUUCUCUUUCAAAACCAAAUAUUUCUAUGAAUAAUAUUAAUGAAAAAAAAAAUUCUAAAUCUUUGACUGUUAAUUUAACUAAUUUACCAAAUAAUGAUGUUAGUUCAGUUAUACGAAAUAUUUCAUUUGAAAGAAGAUCAAAUCAAUCAUUAAUUGAUUCUGGACAAUGGACAAAUACAAUGUUAUCAACAAUUGGUAAUAAUACAUAUCCAUUAGGUAUGCAAAAUUUACAUCAUUAUCAACCUUCAAUAUCAAAAGCUAAUUAUUGGCAAUCACAACCAAGUCUUAUUACAAGAGAAUCUGUUAUAAAAGCAGCACGUGAUGUCCUUCCUCCUGGUGUUAUUGAUCGUUUAUAUUCAAAAAAACAUUGA